UGAAAGCCUUGGAUCGCCCUGGACUCAGUAAGGACAGAAGCUCUGAUGGACGCCGUGGUGAUCCUGGUGCUUGGUGUCUCCUGUCUGCUUCUCCUCUCAUUCUGGAGACAGAGCUCUGGGAGAGGAAAGCUCCCUCCGGGGCCCACUCCUCUCCCACUCAUUGGAAACAUCCUGCAGAUAGAUGUUAAAAAUAUCACCAAGUCUUUAACCGAUUUCUCCAAGGUCUAUGGCCCUGUGUUCACCCUGCAUUUGGGCAUGAAGCCCACUGUGGUCCUACAUGGAUACGAAGCAGUGAAGGAAGCCCUGAUUGAUCUUGGGGAAGACUUUUCUGGAAGAGGGAGUUUCCCAAUAGCUGAAAAAAUUAAUAAAGGUCAUGGAAUCAUUUUUAGCAAUGGAAACAUAUGGAAAGAUACUCGGCGUUUUGCCCUCAUGACCCUGCGGAACUUUGGGAUGGGCAAAAGGAGCAUUGAGAGCCGUAUUCAAGAGGAAGCCCACUACCUAGUGGAGGAGCUGAGAGCAACCCGUGGCUCACCCUGUGAUCCCACUUUCAUUCUGGGAUGUGCGCCCUGCAAUGUGAUCUGCUCCAUUAUCUUCCACAAUCGUUUUGACUAUAAUAAUCAGGAUUUUCUUGCCCUGGCAAGAAGGAUCAAUGAAAAUGUCAAGCUUCUAAGCAGUCCAUGGAUGCAGGUCUACAAUAGUUUCCCUGCUUUCAUUGAUUAUCUCCCUGGGAGUCAUAAAAUAUUUUGUAAAAAUAUGGAUUUCAUGAAUAGUUAUUUUAUGGAGAAAAUAAAAGAACACAAAGAAUCAUUAGAUGUUAACAAUCCUCGGGACUUCAUUGAUUGUUUUCUCAUAGAAAUGAAGAAGGCAAACAACGCUGAAACAGCUUUUACUUAUGAGAACUUGGUUAUCACCAUAAGUGACUUGUUCGGGGCUGGGACAGAGACAACAAGUUCAACACUGAGAUAUGCUCUCCUCCUCCUGAUGAAACACCCAGAGGUCGCAGUUAAAGUCCAGGAAGAGAUCGAGCGCGUGAUUGGCAGGCACCGGAGCCCCUGCAUGCAGGACAGGAGCCGCAUGCCCUACACCGAUGCUGUGCUGCAUGAGGUCCAGAGGUACACUGACCUGCUUCCCACCAGCCUGCCCCACGCAGUGACCCGUGACCUUAAACUCAGAAACUACGUCAUUCCCAAGGGCACAACCAUAUUAGUAUCCCUGACAUCUGUGCUCCAUGAUGACAAAGAAUUUCCCAGACCUGAGACUUUCGACCCUGGCCACUUUCUAGAUGACAGUGGCAAGUUUAAGAAAAGCAACUACUUCAUGCCUUUCUCUACAGGCAAACGUAUUUGUGCGGGAGAAGCUCUGGCCCGCAUGGAGCUGUUUUUGUUCCUGACCAGCAUUUUACAAAACUUUAAUCUGAAAUCAGUGGUUGAUCCAAAGAAGCUGGACACCACUCCAAUUGCCAAUGGGCUUGUCUCUGUCUUGCCCUCAUACCAGGUCUCCUUCAUUCCUGUCUGAAGAAGGGCAGGCCGCCUCGUGGUUCUGUGACUUCAUCAGGCAUCUGCUCCUCUGGAGCAUAGGCUACUCUUUCCCCUGUUUUGCAUGGCUUCACUGAUAAUUCCUAUUCUGUCUUCCCAUUGAAUCAGGAUGAAAGAAACACAAAAGUCCAUUGUGAAAACUUGUCCACAUUAAACUGCAUGCUACUGUCUAUAUUCUUCAAUGGAAAUAAAAAUAAAUUUGUAUCCCAAAA